UCAGGAGGCAGAUUAUAUCAGAGGAAUCCAAGGAUAAUUUCUUGAUCUUGACCAAUAUGGGUGGACAAAAUGAUUCAGUCUACAAUGAUUCAUUCCACGGAUUCUACAAAUACAUGGUGCAAAAAGACGAAUUUUGCGUACUGAUCCUGGGACUGGACAACGCAGGCAAAACCACAUUCCUCGAAGCAGCCAAAACGAAGCUGAGCAAAAACUACAUAGGGGUCCAUCCAUCCAAAAUAACCACCACCGUGGGCCUCAACAUAGGAAAAAUAGAUGUGGCAGGCAUCAGGCUGAAUUUCUGGGACCUGGGGGGCCAAUCUGAACUCCAGUCCCUCUGGGACAAAUACUAUGAAGAAUCACACGCUAUUAUCUACAUUGUAGACUCCACAGAUAGGGACAGAAUUGAGGAGUCCAAAGACAUAUUUGACAAGAUGAUAGCCAGUGAGUUUUUGCAAGGGGUGCCUCUGCUUGUCUUGGCUAAUAAACAGGAUGUGCCCGAGUGUAUGGGGGUGAGAGAGGUGAAGCCAAUUUUCAAUAAGAACGCUCAUUUGAUAGGGAAGAGGGAUUGCAUGGUGUUGCCAGUGUCUGCUUUGACUGGAGACGGGGUGGAUGAGGGGAUCAAGUGGUUGGUGGAGUGUAUUAAGAGGAAUGUGUUUCUCAGACCACCCAGGAACCAAGAAGAGACGUGAAUGGGGACUUUUGGGGUGGUUUUUUAUGUGAAGAAAAACAAGUGGGAUAGAUGAGAAUGUCCUGUUGUUUAUGUUUACUGGUUGUUGAUUUGAGAAUAGUUAGAUUAUUGACCUACAGACAAUAGUAAGAUAAUUAGUUUUGUAUAUUUUUCAUAACUACAUAAUUUAUUAUUCAAGUUGUUUUGUUAUCUUAAUCAAUUCAGUUCAAAAGAUAAGAAAAUUUAUUACACAGAUAUUUUAUAUAAAUUGUAUCUUUAGAGAUUGUGAAAGACAGACCACACUAUUUCAUGUAUAAAGAAUAGAUCAUU